AUGAAGCUCACCUUUGCCCUGUGCACUAUGGCCACUCUGGCUACGGCGCUGCCAGCACCGAAGGACCCCAACAUCGGCGACCCGCUGGGUCUCGGCUACUCGAUUGGUAGACACUUCGACCGGGAUGUCGACCACGCCGACAUCAACUCUCGCGGAGACACCGAUGACUUGAAGGACGGAAAGCUCGGUCAGCCGGUGAUUGCUAGGGACGUCACCGCAGAGAACGAGCGCCGUGGUGAACCCAAGUUCGGAGACUCGUUGUUUGGCGAGGGUGUCCGCCACGACCGUCGAGGCGAGCCGAAGUUCGGAGAUUCCCUGUUCGGGGAGGGUGUCCGCCACGACCGUCGAGGCGAGCCCAAGUUUGGAGACUCCCUAUUUGGGGAGGGUGUCCGUCACGAUCGUCGAGAUGAGCCGAAGUUUGGCGAUUCGCUGUUUGGCGAAGGUGUCCGUCACGACCGUCGAGGCGAUCCCAAGUUUGGGGAGUCCGAGUUUGGCAUCGGCGAGCGUCCCAAGUCCAACUAA